AUGGCGGAGUUAACCCAACAGAAUCAAGAAUUGACCAGGGAGAUUAAUUUGAAGAAGCAACGCUAUAAGGGGUACGCUGAAGGUCAAGCCCAAAAUAAGGAAAAUAGGGAAAAUGCUGAACUAGGAAGCCAAUCAAGGGGUACCACAUCUAGAAAGGUGCCACAACUAGAGAGGGAAAUGGAUCAGAUGAGAAAGGUUAUGGCAGAGAUGAGGGAGAACAUGAGAAGGGCAAAUCCAGUGGAGGAUCUAGUCCACAGAACAGAUUCCCCUUUCACGGCUUCCAUCAACAGUCACCCUUUACCCCCAAAGUUCAAGAUGCCUUUAUUGGAUUCAUACGAUGGAGCACGUGACCCAUUUGAUCACAUAGCAACUUUCAAGACUACCAUGCACCUUCAAGGAGUCCCGGACGAGAUUAUGUGUAGAGCCUUCCCUACCACUCUUAAAGGACCGACGCUAGUGUGGUUCAGCAAAAUACUCCCGAACACAAUGAGUUCAUUUGAAGAAUUAAGUAAGUUGUUUGUCAAUAAUUUCAUCGGAGGGCAAAGGCACAAACGCUCUUCGUCUAGUCUGUUAACUAUAGAACAAGGAGAGAAUGAAAGCCUACGCUCCUUCAUCACUCGUUUUAAUAGGGAAGCCUUAACCGUGGACGAGGUGGAUGACAACCUACUCUUGGCAGCCUUCCAUAAUAGGGUUAAUUCUGACUUAUUUAUCCACAAGCUAUAUGAGAAGGAGCCUCAAUCCAUGGCUGAGCUCGUGCUCAUGCAAAUCAAAGAUGACCCUUCUUUAAAGUGGCCCGAGAAGAUGAAAGGAGAUCCCAAUAAGCGCAAUAAGAAUAAAUAUUGUCACUUCCAUAGGGACCAUGGGCAUGACACGAAUGAAUGUUAUAACCUGAAGCAACAAAUCGAGAAUUUCAUUAGACAAGGAAAGUUGAGGCACUUUGUUGGAAAGGAUCAUAAAGAUGAGAAGUUGAAGGGAAAGAUAGAAGAAUCAUCCCGACCCCCACUAGGAGAGAUAAGGGUUAUCAUAGGAGGGACUUCGACGGGGCAGUCUUCCAAGUCAAAGAAGACAUAUCUCAAAGUGGUGCAAAACAUCCAACUCUCUGGACAAUCACCAAGGACGAGAUCAAUGGACGAGCCGGCUAUUUCAUUCACCGAUGAAGAGGCUGAAAGGAUCCAUCAUCCGCAUGACGAUGCAAUUGUCAUUACUCUUCUCAUUGCAAAUUAUACAACCAGGAGAGUGUUAGUAGAUAAUGGAAGUUUAAUAGAUAUAUUGUACUACCCUGCCUUCCAACAGAUGAGGCUUGGACGGGAUCAACUUCGUCCAGUGUGCUCACCAUUGAUAGGGUUUAGAGGAAUGAAGGUGCAACCCGUAGACACCAUUACAUUACCUGUAGUGGUGGGAUUAUACCCGAAGCAGAUAACUAAGGAAAUCAAUUUCCUCGUGGUGGAUUGUUCGUCCUCGUACAAUGCUAUUAUUGGAAGACCAACUUUGAACAGUUGGAAGGCGAUAACAUCUACCUACCAUCUAUCGGUCAAAUUCCCUACGGAGAACGGGAUAGGACAAGUACAAAGAGAUCAGUUAGCAGCUAGAGAAUGUUAUUUAGCCAUGAUAGCUUUGGACGAGCAGGUAUAG